CUCGCGUAAACUCUGUCGCGAAAUGUUAAAGUGACUGAUUUCCCAUGACUCGCCCCUCCACUUCCCUCCCCCACCAUAUAAAGCCUCCACCUACCUAGUUCCCGCAGCCCUCACGCGCGAACACGAACACCACGAAACAUUGCAACAAUGGCCGCUGCCGUCCCCCACUCCACGAUCCAAGACUUCGCCGAGCGCGUCUACGAGCAAUGUCUGCAAGCGCCAUCCGACUACCUCUUCAGCGUCGACGAGCUGCAAGAGCUGACGCCGGGCAAGGGCAACGUCGAGGUUGCCAGCCGCGUGAUCAACGAGCUCUUGCUGCGGCGACAACUGCAGACGCUUACGCAGGGCGGCGCAUCGGUGUUCAGGGCCGUACCCAAGGAUGUGAUUGAAAAGGUUAAGAAUAUGAGCUCCGACGAGGAAAUGCUGUAUACCUACAUCCAGGACGCGGCGAGAGAGGGAAUCUGGUCAAAGACGCUCAAGACGAAGUCGAACAUGCAUGCCACGACAAUGACGAAAUGUCUCAAGACAUUGGAGCAGAAGAGAUACGUCAAAGUUGUCCAGUCCGUGAAGUACCCAACCCGCAAAAUCUACAUGCUCUACGAGCUCACCCCGUCCAUUGAAGUCUCCGGCGGUCCCUGGUUUACGGAUUCCGAGCUUGACCACGAAUUUAUCAACGAACUUUUGACCGCCAUGUCUAAAUUCAUCACCUCCAAAUCCUUCCCGCGGGCAACCGCCGGUAGUAAAGACAGCGGCACGACCGUCUCCUUCGCGAAUGACCAUACUGGCUAUCCAACUCUAAACCAGAUCUACCUCUGGGUCAAAAACUCAAACCUUACCGAAGUAGAUUUGGCCGAGGCCGACAUCAAGAGUUUACUUGACGUGCUAGUGUAUGAUGGGAAGGUUGAGCGCGUGGUAGGCGGGACAGCGUACAGAGCGGUUAGAAAGUCGGAGGGUAUGAGUAUCAACGGGUUUACAGAGAGCCCGUGUGGUAGGUGUCCAGUAUUCAAUCUGUGCAAGGAGGGCGGGCCGGUCAGUGCGAGCAACUGCAAGUACUUUGAGGACUGGCUGGAUGCGGUAUUCUGAACGACACCUGAUUGGCUCUUUCUGUACUCGUAUAUGUGGGAUUUUUUUUCUUUUGCGUUUGCUUCCGGCGUUGGGUCGCAACUUCGGGGAUCUGUAUUUGUAUGUAUCUGUGGUGGGGGGCU